AUGCGCCUUCAGGACCUCCCGGAUGCCGUGUUCGCGACAAUCACCGGCUUCCUGGACGAGCCGGCCCUGCUCUCGCUGAUGGCUACGUCCUCCCAAGUCAUGUCCAGCGUGGUGUGCUGCAUGCCCGGGAAAGCCGGCGAGCCGCGACGCGCCUACUGGGGCAAGGACGACGUGCUGCGCGAGGGCGUCCGUCUGUCAGUCAACGGCAAGCUCCGCGUUCCCAGCCACAAAGCAACAACGGUGUCGUGCUUCUUCGCCGUUCGCCGGAGCGACGAAAGAAGUCGCUGGAGGCCGAAGAUCAACCAGCCGUGCCUCAUGGUGCCCCUCGGGACCCCACCGGGCGCCUUCCUGGCCCGCGCGGUGUCGAUGACCGGCGGGCUGUUCCUCUUCUCCAUCCCGAGCGGCAUGUCGAGCCUCACGAGCCUGACCCUCGAGCAUCACUCGCUCCCGUUGCUCGAACACGGCUGGCUGCCGGAGGACUCGCGCGCAGUCUCUCACCUCACCGUGGCGGUCGGGUCGAUGAGGUGCUCGUGGUCGCAGAUGCCGCCGCUGCCGCUGCACCUCUUGCUCUCGCUGCGCAGUCUGAUCCUGGCUGGAAUGCCUGUCCAGCGGGUGCCCGACGGCCUGCUGCACCUCGAGUACCUCGACGUCAGCAGCUCGGGCGUGGGCGAAGACACCGAGGACUGGCUCCCGCACAGCAGCUCCCUGAGCCUGAAGGAGCUGCGACUGGCCAACAACCACUACAUCUCGUGCGUCCCUGACUCGGCGCGCAACCUCGAGGUGCUCGACGUCAGAGGGGCAACGGCCCUGGAUCCUGAGGACUGGCUGGCCGCGGACACGGCGAGGAACCUCCGGGUGCUGAAGAUCACAGGCGUCAGGCGGAAGGCGGCGCAACUGAUCACCACACUGCCGCUGGAGAGCCUGCGCGAGCUCGAGACGACACGCUUGGACGCCGUGCCAGACGUGUCAAGGCUGGAGGCGCUCGUGUUCUCGGGUUCGGGGAGCUUGCCCUCGAGUGCAGCCGUCGCAGCCCUGGCAGCGAAUGCGGGCGGGGGACUGUCGAGGCUGACCUUCGAGUGGGCCGUGGCCAGGCAGGACGCUGACAAGCCGGAGGUCCAAGGAACGUGGCUCGCGCGCCCGCUCGUUUCCGCGCUCGUCGAGCUGAACGUUGGUUAUACAGACGUUCGAAAGCUUCCCAGGGAGGCUCUGAAUCUGAGGAGGCUGGACGUGUCUGGAUGCCCACUCGAGGACGACUGGCUGCCGUGCGACGUCGCGAAGGGACUGGAAUAUCUCGACGUUUCAAUGACGGCGAUCGCAACCGUUCCGACUAGCCUGAUUCGGCUGCAAGACCUGCUUGUCAAGAGCUGCAGGAGCCUGGGCCAGGACUGGCUGUCGGACGACGUGGCAUCCGGUCUCAGGACCCUGAACGCGUCCUGGUCAACCGUGACGAAGGUUCCCUCGUCGGCGAGACGGCUCGUGGAGCUGGAUUUGUCGGGGUGUGUCAUCGCAGGACAGUGGCUUCCGCCAUACCUUCCGUACCUGCGGGUCCUGAAAGUGAGGCACACGGACAUCGACCGAGUUCCAGCGAGACUGCCCCAGCUCACCAAGCUUGAUGUCGUGGGCUGCACUUCCCUCUCUCGAGACUGGCUCGGAGAAGAGGCGAUGGCGUCGAUCACAGACCUGAAGUUAACACGGUGCUCGCGUGUCCCCGCGGCGUGUACGAACCUCCGGAACCUGGACAUCGAUUCAUGCAAUCAUCCCUUCUCGAAGCAGUUGCCCUUGGACACGAGGCGCAGCAUUCAACAGCUCAGAAUCUGGCGGGCAACCAACAACUUGCUGACGAGGGACAUGGAGUGCCUUACUUCGUUCAGUGAGACAUGUUACGAGGGCCGGGUGGACGCCUUCAAGGCCAUGACGUCUCCGCCGCCCGCGCUCACAGAGGCAACGUUGGUGAUGCCUGAAGAUUUCGAGCGUCUCGUGCGCACCUGUCCCACGUGGCACAUUUUUGAGGGACCGGGCUCCAAUAGAUGCACGUUCAUCCCGAGAGACCCGCAUGCACUGGACCAGGACAUCAUCGAGCCAGUGGUGUUCUUUAAAGCCGAGCUCGACGAGGAUGACGAGUCUGGUGAAUGGUCCGAUGACGGGUCUGAUGACUCCGAUGGCGUUCAGCCCGAGAGUUGGACAUCAUCACAAGCGCCCUCAGAGGCACCGUCCGAGUAG